AUGAUGAAAGAAUUUGAGAUGAUUGAUAUUGGAUUGAUGGCGCACUUUCUUGGAAUUGAAGUUAAGCAACAAAAAGAUGAUAUUUUUAUUUCUCAAAGUGCCUACGCAGCAGAUAUUUUAAAGAAAUUUGGAAUGGAGAAGUGUAAUCCGGUUAAUACUCCGGUUGGAACUAGACUGGAACUCCGCAAAAAUAAAGAUGGUGAUGUUGAUCCUACAUAUUUCAAGAGCUUGGUUGGAAGCCUUAGAUAUCUAACAUGCACCAGAUCGGAUAUACUAGAUGGCGUAAGAUUGAUUAGCAGAUACAUGCAGACACCAGAUCAGUCCCAUCUUAAUGCAGGAAAAAGAAUACUCCACUAUCUUAAAGGUACAAUCAAUGAAGGCUUAUUUUAUACAUCUACUAAUGAUUUUAAGCUCACUGGUUAUUCAGAUUGUGAUUGGGGAAGAGAUAUAGAUGAAAGGAAAAGUACAACUGAAUUUGUAUUUUUAUUGGAAAAACUGCAUUCACAUGGCCAUCCAAAAAGCAACCAAUUGUUACUUUAUCUAGCUAUGAAGCUGAGUAUGUUGCUGCAAAAUCAGCUGUAUGUCAUGCUAUCUGGUUGCGUAAUAUGCUGA